AUGGACAAUGGGCAUCGGGCAACGGGGCAACCGUUGAAAGAUGUGCCCAUCACCGCCCAGACGUUUAAGCAUGCCACGGAGCGAUGCUCCGACGACCCAACCAUCAUUGGUCUUAUUUCUGGAUGCCAGACCAACCAGGAGAGCCCACGCCACGCUUGGAGAAUACGUGACAAACGGUGGUGUGUGGCCGUGAACAGAUGCGACGGAGGCGCGACAGAUGAAACGCCGGUUCUUCUCAUCUUGAGCCCUUCUCGUCUCCGUCACACUGCAGCGCAGCCAAAGCACCUGCAGCAGCUGCAGCAAGCCUGUAACGGCAAAAGAACGCGAACCAGAAAAGAGAGUCUCUUGGCGGAUCCAGUGGCAUGGAGGGAUUGA